GACGAUCUUCUGUCAGUCGCGUUGAGUGAAGCGGGUCUUGAAGAAUUUCUCACUGCUGCACCGCCAACGUCAGAAUCUCUGCCCACUUCUGCACCUGGGUCAUCAGAUAGUACAGAAGUUUCUUCGUCUCCUUCCACGUCCACGUCGAAUGUGAAAGCAACCACCUCCACGUUUCCUUCCUCAAACAGUUCCUCUAAAGAGCAAAAUGAAGAGAGUUCACACUUUGAGGCACCUCCCGAUGCAGUUCCGCCUGAGGAUAAUCAUGUUGAACUGUCGUUACCUUCAACUUCGGCUGUCUCAUCAGUUGCGCAAAAUUCUGGAGUUGGUGUGGUGAGAAAUGUACCCGCCAACGUUCCCAGUCGACAAACCAGUGCUCCUUUGAAACCAGGAUCUUCUCCGGGCACCCCGAAGCAAGUCAGGCAAGUGUACACUGCCAGUCCGACGGGCGGGCAGAUCUUUCGUCAGGUAGUGCAAACACCUGAUGGGCCCAGGACACAAUUACUACGUCCAUUCAUUAAUGAACAUGGUCAAACUGUUUACCGUGCAGUGCGCACGGUGCCUGCUACCAAAGCGGCGGAUGCCAGAAAUAGGUCUCUCGUUGUUAGGAAUGUUAAUGGAAGCCCAGGAGUUGUCAAUAACUUCGAACGGCAAAAUCCCUCACCGGAUACAGUCAAGGAGCCUCAACGGAUAGUUGUUAUUCGCCAAAAUACUCCAUCGGGUCCAGUUUUGAUACGAAAACCCAUCCCAGCUGGCAUGCCUUUAUCGCAGGCCUUAAGCACAGCCACGAAUGGUGGAAUAGUCAGGAAGUUUGUACCACGUGGAAGUAUAAGCAGGAGUCCAGUAACAACUCGAGAAGUAUUGUCCCAUGGUGCAGUGUCAUCGCCGAGUCAUGUACAAUAUCGAAGUCCAGCAAGAUACUUGGCUACGUGUUCUCCCAGUUCGUCAGUCCCAUUUGCCAGUGGUUCUCUGCGAGGCUCCCGCGGAGCAAUUCGUGGAAGUCCAGUUUCUCGAGUAGCAAGCGUGAGAGGGUAUACAGUACGUCCUGCUACUGCUUACUCAACCACAGCCUCUAACGCUUCGUCUUGGAAUGGAGCCAAACCUUCUUCUUCAGCGUAUGUGGGCUUCUCAGAAGCUGCUGGUGAUGCAUCUGCACGGGCAACUAACCGCGAAUCUGAUGUAGUAUUCGAGCACCACAAUGUAUCUGCUCAGAAACUUACACAACAGUAUCCCGCUUCUUCACCUCGCUCUACAACAAUAAAAUCUGGGGAGAUGGUGCGUCGACCUCACCCUGCUUUAGUUAGUUCGUCGUCCGCAACUCUACUGCAGCGCAAAGCGUCAAAUCAAACGGCAAGAGGCGCACCGGUCGUUGGCGCUGCUAUAGCGUCGUCUGUUGGUGCUUUUGAACAUCUGGAUGUGACGAAAAUGUUGUCCACGAGCUCACCAGUACCCACCAAUAGACCGCCUCUGAGCUCUUCGUUACCUGUUCCGACUGCACCCCCACCGAAAGCGUACUCGAAAUCGCAAAAAGCCAAAGACGAAAUGAAACUGGCUCAUCAGACAGCUACUGAGAAACGCUCCGAAAUAGACGAGGAUGAAGAGAAUCUUGGCUAUGCGGAGACGUACGCGGACUAUGUUCCUGCCAAACUUCGUUCAGGUGUCGCCCAUCCUGACUGUGUGGUUGAAACAGCGUCACUUAGUAGUGUAGCCCCGCCUGACGUAAAAUAUCAAAUCAGCAUUCCGGAAUACCUCAUCGAUAAUGGCUCUAUAUCUGCCUUACAACUGGAGGCCGUUAUAUAUGCGUGCCAAAUGCACCAGCAACGACUUCCUAGUGGAGAAAGGAUAGGAUAUUUGAUAGGUGACGGAGCUGGUGUCGGGAAGGGACGAACCGUAGCAGCAAUAAUUUUUGAGAACUAUCUAUUGGGUCGAAAGCGUUCCAUAUGGUUAUCUGUGUCUUCUGAUCUGAAAUAUGAUGCUGAAAGAGAUUUACGAGACAUAGGUGCCGGCAAUAUAAUGGUGUAUGCUCUGAAUAAAUUGAAAUAUGCCAAAAUCUCAGGCAAGGAGAAUGGAAACAUCAAGAAAGGGGUAAUAUUUGCCACUUACUCGUCUCUUAUCGGUGAAUGUAGAGGAGCUAGAGUCAAGUAUCGAAGCCGUCUGAAGCAACUCAUCCAGUGGUUUGGCGUGGAUUAUGACGGAGUUAUUAUUCUGGAUGAAUGUCAUCGUGCAAAAAAUUUGGUGCCAAGUACGGGUGCGAAGCCGACAAAAACAGGCCGAAUGGUUCUUGAACUGCAAAAGGCUUUGCCUAAUGCUCGAGUCGUUUAUGCUUCGGCUACAGGCGCGACUGAACCACGUAAUAUGGCAUACAUGACGCGACUUGGUCUGUGGGGUAUGGGGCAGGCUUUUCCUGAGUUCAUCAACUUCAUAAACGCGGUUGAGCGAAGAGGUGUUGGUGCGAUGGAGAUCGUUGCGAUGGAUAUGAAGCAACGAGGCCUUUAUCUUGCCCGUCAGCUUUCCUUCCGUGGAGUCUCCUUCAACGUUCAAGAAGUUCCUCUUUCCGACGAGUUCAUCAAGGUCUAUGAUGAUUCUGUGAAGUUAUGGCUUGAAUGUCGUCGACAGUUCCAAGUUGUGCUGAGCGCCAUGUCAGGCGAAGAACGAUCAUCCUGUAAGCAACUCUGGGGACAGUUUUGGGCAAGCCAUCAGCGAUUCUUCAAGUAUCUUUGUAUUGCUGCUAAGGUGGAUACAUGUGUACAAAUGGCUCGAGAAGCUAUCAAGGCCAACAAGUGUGUAGUUAUUGGUCUGCAAUCCACCGGUGAAGCGCGAACAUUAGAAACUCUGGAGGAGAUGGGUGGUGAGCUCACGGAAUUCGUCUCCACAGCCAAGGCUGUGCUGCAAGGAUUGAUUGAAAGGCACUUCCCAACGGAUGUCGGCAGCGUAGACAUCUACGGAGAUUUUGACCUAGUCGAUGAUCUUGACAGAGGAAGGCAACGAAGGCUAAGGAAAAAUGAAUACGACUUUAUGGAUAAUCUUGGAUUUGGAUCGUCUUGGUCACGAAGCUCGCCAAGUCCUUUCAAUGAGCCACGCGCCAAAAAACCACGAAAUGACGAAGAUCAGAACUCUACAACAUCAUCGUCAGACGGGGAUGAUUAUGGUGACUUGGAUCAAGACUCGGGUCUAGAAGAGGAACCAGACGGUUCUGAGGCGGAAUCGAAUCUUGGAGAUAACGGUGAUGACUGGCUGAAGGCGCUUCUUGCCGAAGUAGCAUCGUCUAGUGAAUCCGAAGAUGAUGAUCCCACAGACCAGCAGCAUGAGACUGCCAAUGGAAACGAGGCCAAGCAGUCCCAGCAGUUAGAAGAGCUCCGCUUGCGACGUCGCGAAAGAAGGAAACGUCGAAAGAAGCGAAUGAAAAAAGCAGCAAGAGAAGCGGAAAUGAAGCGGCGUAGAGAGUUUGACAGCGAAGCAAUGAAAAAUACCGCGACACAGUUCAUUUCAUCGUCACGAAUCAUUGAUCCAACAUCUAGUGAAUGCAUCAAUCCAAGAAUGAUUAAGGCCGAACUAUUAACUGCAGUUGAGCGGCUUGGACCAUCACUCCCACCUAACACAUUGGAUCAUCUCAUCGACCAACUUGGCGGGCCCGAGUAUGUUGCAGAGAUGACAGGACGGAAAGGAAGAAUUGUCACUAGGGACGAUGGAGAAAUUGAAUACGAGUUGCGUCAUGCGGGUGCGGACGUUCCUUUGGAAUUGAUGAACAUGGACGAGAAAGACAAGUUCAUGAAAGGAGAGAAGAAGAUUGCUAUAAUAUCUGAGGCCGCAUCUAGUGGAAUUUCUCUUCAGUCCGAUCGUCGAGCACAAAACACUCGCCGUCGUGUUCACAUUACAUUGGAACUGCCGUGGUCUGCAGAUAAAGCUAUACAGCAGUUCGGUCGAACUCAUCGCUCGAAUCAAGUAAGCGCACCAGAAUAUGUUUUUCUUAUAUCCGAAUUAGCAGGAGAAAAGCGAUUUGCAUCAAUUGUGGCGAAACGUUUGGAAUCACUCGGUGCGCUAACACACGGUGAUCGUCGUGCGACGGAAAGCAGAGAUCUGUCACAAUUCAAUCUUGACAACCGAUACGGGCGUGAUGCUCUUGAAGUGCUGCUCAAGUCUGUGACUGGUGCGCUGAAUCCACCGCUUAUACCUCCACCAGCUGACUAUAAACCUGGGGACUUCUUUCAAGACAUGCGGCUGUACAUGGAAGGAGUGGGACUACUAUCAAAACAACCUAACACUGACUGCUAUGUAAUUGAAAGAGAAGCGGCUACUAUUUCCAAAUUCCUUAACCGAAUACUUGGCAUACCGGUUCAUGCUCAAAACGCUUUGUUCCAUUAUUUCACUGAAAUAGUGGCGGAACUAAUCGCACAAGCGAAACUAGAUGGCACUUAUGAUAUGGGAAUAAUGGAUUUGGGAACUGGUGGAGAUCAAGUUCGCAAGUUGGAGACACGAGUGUUUGUUGGAAGAGCUGAAAAAGGUGGAUUCCGUGUGGAAAUGCAGAAAAUUGGUGUCGAAAGAGGUUUAUCUUGGGAUGAAGCGUUUGCUCUUUACAAGGAGCACAAUUCAGAUGAGGAUGGCUUUUAUGUUUCAAAUACUUCAAAUACGGGUCGACAGGUUGCUGUAUUAGUAUAUGGUAUUGGUAAACGUCGCUUCGACACGGGCGCACGACUGUACGCCGUUACCCGUCCUUCGAUCGGCCGCUCACCGAAAUUAAUAACGAUGGCAGAAAUUUCAAAGCGAUUUGUCAAGGUUUCGCCCGACGAUGCAAAACAGUUAUGGGAAGAUCAGUAUGCAGGUGCCAUAGACAACUGCCAUCACACAUAUGUGCACGGCAAAUGUAAAAGCGAAGCGAUGGGAGUGUAUUGCGAAGUAGGGCGUAGAACACGGACAUACUUCGUGCUUUCUGGCUCCGUACUUUCCGUUUGGCCGGUUGUCGAAGAAGUUCUUUCGGACCGCGAUCGGCGGCCGUCUCGCAUGCAAGUAAUUCGUGUGAGAACGGAACAGGAUCAGAAAAUUGUUGGUGUGUUGGUGUUGCCUCAUUUCGUACGCACGUUAGUGGCGCGACUCGAAGAGCACUGUUCUCGUUGCUUCGUGGAGGCGAAAAAGGAUGACAAGAAACAGAAACCUCAAUAA